AUGAAAGAGACGGAUCCUGCAAAGCUCAUAAGGAUGGAAGGGGGAAGAUGGACGGUUGACCUCGUCAGGUUGUCUCCUGCAUCCCUUCGCACAACCUCUGAGCAUUCCCUCCCAGGGACCUCCGAGAGAUCUGGUGAGUUCCAGGCGAGGGGAGAUGGGGACAUGGAUGGAUGGAGCCAGAGAGGUAUUGGGGCUUGCUCAGGGGGGCACCAUUUUUGGGCUCCUCCACCUGCCUGCCUGCGCCUUUGUCAUCUGCAGGCAAUUUGAGUCACGAAUACAUACCACUGCGAUGUAUUGGCAGCUCAAAAUGUCUAAAACCAGCACCGUGAAUGAAUGCUCUACCCAUGUCAGACAACUUACCGAUCCUUCAGGCAGCACUGGAAGCCAUGACUCUUGAAAGUAACCUGAUCCUGGGCUUCCGAUUUGUCUUUGAAGGGAAAUGGCUAGGCGGUGUGAGUCGUCCGUCUAAAAGACGACCGUUACCGGGGGUUUUGAGCAGUGGGGGUGAGUGCCAGGGUUAGACCGCCCCCCCCAAAAAGUCCCACAGGUAGCGGGGUGUCGAGGGGACCAGCCGGGCGUGAAGAGGCUUGCCGUGAUUGCUGGAGCCCCGACGCUGCAUCGGCAGCGAGUGGGUGGGUGUGUGUGAGACAGUGGCUUGAGCCUGCCCAUGGCUCCAGCGCAGGUCAGAAACCAGAAACCAGAAAUCGCCACCUGAGGCAGAAGACUUUCAAAGGAAAAAAGGUAUUGUCAACAACAAUGGACUUUUCAAAAUAAAAAGAAUUGGAUUUAAUUUCGAUUUGGCAAAGACGGAAUCUAAACAGGAAGUCAGCUUCCGUCCUUUGAAGGGAAGAUUUUGCAGUACAGGCUUGUGAAUGGGAAAAAAACCUUUGGAGACACAUCAGUCUUUAGAUACUUUUUAAACUGCACUUUGUUACUUUGCUACCUAUUAACACUAUGUACUCUGGAUACAAGAAGAAACUGUAGCUCUUUGUUCUUUGAUUCCUUAAAAGGAAGAUACAGGAAGCGAUUGGAGUACUCUGUUUUUUUGAAUGGGGAUGCAGAUUUUAUGAAUGAAAGCACUUAAAGGCUUGAAAACAUUGCAAAUUCUUUUUUAAAAAAACCUCUAAAAAGGACCCUGGAUCUUGGCAAGUCCUACCAAAGCUUGGCAGGAGGACACUUUUCCAUAACUGGGAGGUAAUCCCAGGGAGGGGAAGUCCCUGGUAAGAGCCUUAGUAGGAGAAAGGGGGGGGGGGAACAGGGACGGGGCCUUUAUUGGAAUAAAAACUGAUAGAAAUAGCCUAUAUACCGUAGAAUCUGGCCUAUUUGCAGCUGCAAUUUGGGGGUUCGUCUUAUAAGCCCAGUUGCCUUAUAUGCUGGGCAGCAACAGGGGGCGGGCUCUGUUCCACGCCACCCAUACCCGGCGUAUAAGGCGCCCCCCCCGACUUUGGAGAAAAUUUUCCGGGGUUCAAAAGUCGCAUUAUACACUAGACACAGUAUAUUGGAUUACAAUUACCAUUUGGAUUACAAAUCUAAUUUGAAUUAUAAAUACGUCUGGAAAAUUUUUGGACUCACAGUGGAAAUAUUUUGGAUUAUAAAACGCAUUGUGGAUUAUAAUAUAACUAGAAGCUUGGCAAGUGCUAAUCAUAAUCAAGAGACAAUGUAACAGUAAGUUUGAACAAUGGUAACUAUUAGACUUUUGUUGUGGCCUCCUUUUUUUGUAGAUUGUAUAUAAAGGUGAUUUUGCCCUCUUUUUUGCUCUCCUGGAUAUUGUGGAACUUUUAUAAUUCUGUAAGUUUGAAAGUGUUGUUACAGUUUGGUUUAAAAGGGUGUGGGAAUUGGAUUGGUGGGAGAACUGUUGUAUACAAGGCAAGAGUGAGAAAAAGACAGGAGGGCUGAAGUGUCCUUGAGACAGAAGUGUUUGGGAACAGUUUGUUUUGAGAAAUGACAUGGAAGAGAAAUCUAAACAAGAGCCAGUAAAACAGAGAGUAUCAGAAAGAAGGAGAGGUUCAGCACAAGAGGAGAUAGAAAAAACUCCAAAAACAGAAAUGGCUGAACUUAUGGCUUUACAUUUUGCAGAAUUCAGGAAAGGGCUGGAGCAGACUAUGAACAAACAAUUUAUGGAUGGAAGAUCAGACAUAGAGAACACCAAGGAAGUAUUGUUGCAGAAAUUUGAUAAACUGGAUGAAAAAGUAAAUGCUUUGAAGGUAAAGGUAGAAAAAUUAGAAAAAAAGAGUGGAGUCGACUGAGGGAUUAAAGGAAGAUCAACUGGCAACCACAGUACAAGGCUAGACUAGUAGCCAGAGGGUUCACGCAGUGGAAGGGGCUGCAUUACACUGAGGUAUAUGCUCCCACUUCCAGAAGUGAAACUCUGUGCUUGCUCUUAGCCAUUGCUGCACAAAGGGGUUUUCAGGUGCAUCAAUUUGAUGUGGAUGUGGCCUAUUUGAACUCAGACCUCCAGGAGGAUCUGUGCAUGCUUCCUCCUCCUCCAUUGAGGGUAAUGGGCCAGGAAUUGUGAGGAAACUGCAUAAGUCAAUUUACCGGCUGAAACAAUCAGCCAGGAAUUGGGACUUGUGUCGGAAUGAAGCUUAGAGAAGUUAGGUUUCAAGAAGAGUCUUGCUGACAGCUGCCUGUACCUCGAGGGGUCAGGAGAAUCACAAGAACUGGUCUUGGUCUUUGUUGAUGACAUCAUUCAUGUUUCACGGGCAGACAAACCGGUGCAGAAGUUUACCAAAGAGCUUGGAAAACAUUUCCAACUCAAGAACCUGGGUGCAGUAAAGAUUUACCUGUGUGUAGAGAUAGACAUUGCCAACAAAGGUCCGUAUUUGCCAACAAAGGUCUGUAUAGUUAAAGCUAUGGUUUUCCCAGUAGUCAUGUAUGGAAGUGAGAGUUGGACAGUAAAGAAGGCUGAUCGCUGAAGAAUUGAUGCUUUUGAAUUCCGGUGCUGGAGGAGACUCUCGAGAGUCCCAUGGACUGCAAGAAGAUCAAACCUCUCCAUUCUGAAGGAAAUCAGCCCUGAGUGCUCACUGGAAGGACAGAUCCUGAAGCUGAGGCUCCAAUACUUUGGCCACCUCAUGAGAAGAGAAGACUCCCUGGAAAAGACCCUGAUGUUGGGAAAGAUGGAGGGCACAAGGAGAAGGGGAUGACAGAAGACGAGAUGGUUGGAUAGUGUUCUCAAAGCUACCAACAUGAGUUUGACCAAACUGCGGGAGGCAGUGGAAGACAGGAGUGCCUGGCGUGCUCUGGUCCAUGGGGUCACAAAGAGUCGGACACGACUAAACGACUAAACAACAACAAGAGAUAGUCAGGUUUGAAGAUGGAAGUUUCUUGCUCAGUCAGAAAGGCAAGAUUGAACAGUUGCUUGAGAAGUUCAGGAUGUCUGAUUGUGCAGGGGUUAGGACACCCAUGGAGGCAGGCUACGUGAAAGACAGUCGGCUAGCAGAACGUGCUGAAUUCGAGAAUGCUGAACUCUUUCAGUAAGCUCUGGGUAGUCUAUUGUAUCUGUCCCAGUGGAGCAGGCCAGACAUUGCUUUUGCUACCAAUCUGCUCAGCAGGGAAGCUACAAAACCCAGUGUAAAUGCCUGGAAUGGUAUUAAGCAGGUGCUGAGAUACCUGCAGGAUACCAAAAACCUCCGUCUCAAACUGUCAGCUACAGGUGACGCCAAGCUCACAUGCUGGACAGAUAGCGACUGGGCGAAUCUGGAUGACAGGAAGUCCAUAUCUGGGAUGGUCAUAAAGUUUGGGGAAUCUCUAGUUGGGUGGAAGUUCCGGAAGCAGAGUCUCAUUGCGCUGUCCUCUACUGAAGCUUAGUUCAGUGCACUGUCAGAGCUGUGUGGGGAACUGGAGUUCUACAGCUGUCUGGUUCAAGAAAUCUGCGGGGAGUGUUGCUUGCCCAGCACUGUUUGGGAGGACAAUCAACCCUGUCUGAAGUUGGCAGAGUCUGGGCAAUUUAAGGCCAGAACCAAACAUCUGGACAUAUGUUUCCAGAAUGUGUGUCAGAGUGUCCAAUCAGGCUUGGUGAAGUUGCAGUACUGUCCAAGCCAUAAGAACCUGGCAGAUGGGUUCACGAAACCUUUGAGCUUUUAGCAUCAUGGCGAAUUCUGUGAAGGUUUGGUUUUGGGCUAAGUGGAAAUUAAAAGAAACAUGGAAACAUGGAACAGGAUGAAUCUCUGUUUAAUGGGAAGAAUUGCAACUCUAAAAAUGAAUGUACUUCCAAGGAUGUUAUUUCUCUUCCAAACUGUUCCAGUAAUAACAGGGAAUGUGUGCUUCAAAGAAUGGCAGAGAGAAAUAUCAAGAUUUGUCUGGAAUGGGAAAAAGCCAAGGAUAAAAAAUAAAAUUUUAACAGAUGUGAAAGAAAGAGGCGGAUUAGUAGUGUAUUAGAAGCAAUAAGGCUGCUUGGAAAUGCUGCAGGUUUUAAAAUAAAUAGAGGGGGAACUAAGGUGUUAGUGAAAAGCAUGGAUGCACAGUCAAAAAAUGAAUUACAGAGAGUGAGUGGAUUGGUGAUAAAGAAUAAAGUGAAAUAUAUUGGAGUAUCGUUAACAGCAUAAACAACAACAAACCUCCUAAUAUUUCAAGAUAAUUAUAUUAAAAUCAUUAACUUCAAAAUAAUAUAUAUGUUGUUGUUGUUUAGUCGUUUAGUCUUUUUUUUAAUGAUAUUUAUUAAGAAUUUUAAAAUUACAAAAAAACAAAGAGAAAAAGAAGGAAAAAACAAGGAAAAAACAAAUAGCAAUUAAACAAUACAAAUCGAUGAGUCAAAAUCAAAAAACAAAAACAAAACACAUAACACAUCAAAAUCAAAAAGCAAAAAUAAACCACAAAAAUUUAAAAACAGAUCCAAUAUUCCCAAAUCCUUAACUGUCAUUACCUUAUUUCAUUGACCUCCUCACACCUCCCUUUUUUGUAUUCUAGUUGUUAAUUAUCACAGCAAAUGCUUUCCAUUUUUCAUAAUAUUCUGUCAUUAAAUUACCUUAAUCUAUUUUAACCUUAUCUUACUAUAAAAAACCCUAAAACUUAAAACUUAAAUCAUAUUUAUACCAAUUUCUCAUAACCCUAGCAUAUUCUUACAUAGUUUUUUUUAACAUUUCUGCUAAAGCCAAAUAAUUUCGUUCCAAAAUUUUUCUAAUACUCAUUAAUUUUACAAAACAAUCCUAAAUAGAAUUUUUAAAACUUUCUUCCAAUCUUCAUCCAACAUCUCUUCCUCCUGGUCUCGGGUUUUGUCAGUCCUUUCUAUCCCAUCCAUCUAGUUCAUUAACCUGGUAAUCUUAUGUCCGAGGCCCUUAAGUCCCUUCCAUGUCCCUUCCGCAGAUCUUCUUCAUAUUUAUACCUGUACUUUACUUUGUCUUCUGCUCCUUUCACUCGUGGAGACUCCAGCUUGACAAUAUUUUUGUCCCUUCUCGACAGAUCAGCCCCUUUUCCAUAGUCAACACUGAACUCCAUGUGGUAUUUAAAAGCAUGUUUCAAGGUACCUCCAAAGGUGAGGACCCCCACAGCUCCAAACUCCUCCUGGCUCCCGUUUAGUCUUUAUGGUCCAGCUCUCACUUCCAUACAUCACUACUGGGAAAACCAUAGCUUUUACUAUACGGACCUUUGUUGGCAAGGUGGUGUCUCUACUUUUUAAGAUGCUGUCUAGGUAUAUAUAUCUCAGUCCAUAACCAAGAAGUAGUCAAUGUAAUGGAUUGCUGGUGGGGAACACCACAACGCCUUUCAAUGGAUGAUGUCCAAGACAGUAUACCUUCGUCAGCUGAUGAUGAAAUUGAAUACAUUACAUGCAAUGAAUGACAACAAAAAUAAUACUGAGCAACCUGCAAAUUAAAUAAUGAAUAAAUAAUAAAUGAAGAAUACAUACCAAAUAAUUUUAGUCAGAAUAUCCAUACAGGUAAAUGUAAUAUUUGUGGAUCAGAGCUCAGUUACUUACAUUGACUAAUACUCGUGUCACGGGAUCUUAUUUAAUUAUAUGUCCUUGCAACUUCUUGUACAUUGGAUCCACCACACAAGCGGUAGGUGUUUGUAUAGGUGAACAUCAAUCCUGUAUAAGAAAUGCAGUAAUAGAGGCACCCCUAGUUGAACGCUGAAUCAAAUACCUUCAUUCAGACACAGAUUUAUACACGGUUCUAUGGGUCAACCAGAGAAAACGUGGGAUCAGGAAAGAUUACGAGAGGUUAUUGCGACAAGAAACUAGGUUGAUUUAUUUAUUCAAAUCCACACAUCCAGGGGGUUUGAAUUCAGAGCUAGAUUUCAACUGUUUUAUUUAAAGUCUGUAACUUUAUGGUUUCAGCUUGCGUUGCGAUGCCAGAUUUGAUACUCUGUACCUUUACAUUUUCUUGCAUUGUCCUUAAAUAUUUGUUAUUUCCCACACCUGUGGAUAACCUUUUAAGUUCUAUACAUCUGUUUUAUCAGUAUCAGUUAGCUACACUGGUUAGUGUGCUCUCAUCCACAAGUAUUACAUUUACCUAUAUGGAUAUUCUGUCUAAAAUUAUUUGGUAUGUAUUCUUUAUUUAUUCUUUAUUCAUUAUUUACUAUGCAGGUUGCUCAGUAUUAUUUUUGUUGUCAUUCAUUAUAUGUAAUGUAUUCAAUUUCAUCAUCAGCUGACGAAGAUUCCUCUUUGAAACAGUUGAUUCAAUCUGGAUGUCUUGGACAUCAUCCAUUGAAAGACAUUGUGGUGUUCCCCACCAGCAUUCCAUUACAUUGACUACUUGGUUAUGGACUGAUAUAUAUAUAUAUAUAUAUAUAUAUAUAUAUAUAUAUAUACUAUUUUGAAGUUUAUGAUUUGUAAAUUUUGGAUGAUAAUCUAUUACUAAUAAUAACACAUUUACUAUAUUAAUUAGCCACAUGUUGUGACCAUAUUUGAGCAGCUCAACUGCUAAGUCAGCUCUGGCAUUGAGACUAGUAGCUCAAGUGACUCAAGACCUAAUUCAGGCUAAACACUUCUAACUCUCUUCAGUUCUUCCUCUAUCACAAGCAUUCAUUAAUUUUGUUCUGCCCGAAGCUCUAAUUAGCUUCUCUCUUCAUUGCAGAUGGUGAUCAAUUGGAAGGGAAGAACAAGGGGGACCACAACAGAAUCCACAUAGUGGAGAAGUCUUAUAAAUAUUCAGGGUGUGGAGAGAACAUCCAUCAGAGCUCCCAGUCCACCUCCCAUCAAAGAAAGAGCUUCAUUUGGAGGGAUAGCCUUACUUCACACGAAAGAACUCACAGUGGAGAGAAAUUGUAUCAGUGCUUGGAAUGUGGAAAGAGCUUCACUCGGAAGGAUGGUCUCACUUCGCAUCAAAGAAUUCAUACAGGGGAGAAACCCUAUCCGUGCUUGGAAUGCGGAAAGAGCUUCAGUCAGAGGGUGCAACUCACUUCCCAUCAAAGAAUUCAUACAGGGGAGAAACCCCAUCAGUGUUUGGAAUGUGGAAAAAGCUUCAGCCAGGCGAUCCAUCUCACUACCCAUCAAAGAAUUCAUACAGGGGACAAACCCUUUCAAUGCCAGGAGUGUGGAAAGAGCUUCAGCCAGGGGAUACAUCUAACUUCCCAUCAAAGAAUUCAUACAGGUCAGAAACCAUACCAGUGCUGUGAAUGUGGGAAAAACUUCAGUCAAAGCAGCCAUCUCAAGACGCAUCAAAGAAUUCACACAGGGGUGAAAAGCUAUCAGUGCUUGGAAUGUGGGAAGAGCUUCAGUCUCAGGCAGAGUCUCACUUCCCAUCAAAGAAUUCAUACAGGGGAUAAACCUUUUCAAUGCCAUGAGUGUGGAAAGAGCUUUCGUCACAGUUGCAGUCUCACUUCCCAUCAAAGAAUUCAUACAGGGGAGAAACCCUAUAAGUGCUUGGAAUGUGGAAAGAGCUUCAAUCGGAAUGAUAGUCUCACAUCCCAUCAAAGAAUUCAUACAAAGGAAAAACCCUAUCAAUGCUUGAAAUGUGGAAAGAGCUUCAAUCGAAAGCAUCAUCUCACUUUGCAUCAAAGAAUUCAUACAGGGGAGAAACCAUAUCCAUGUCUGGAAUGUGGAAAGAGCUUCCGUUACAGGAAGAGUCUUACUUUGCAUCAAAAAGUUCAUACAGGGGAGAAACCCUAUCAGUGCUUAGAAUGCGGAAAGAGCUUUCGUCACAGUUCCAAUCUAACUAGCCAUCAUAGAGUUCAUACAGGCGAGAAAUCCUAUCAGUGCUUGAAAUGUGGGAAGAGCUUCAGUCAGAGACAGAGUCUCAAUUCCCAUAACAGAAUUCAUACAGGGGAGAAACCCUAUCCGUGCUUGGAAUGCGGAAAGAGCUUCAGUCAAAGUUCCCAUCUAACUUCCCAUCAAAGAGUCCAUACAGGGGAGAAACACUAUCAGUGCUUCGAAUGCGGAAAGAGCUUUCGUCACAGUUCCAGUCUCACUUCCCAUCAAGGAAUUCAUACAGGGGAGAAACCCUAUCAGUGCUUAGAAUGCGGAAAGACCUUCAGUCAAAGUUCCAAUCUAACUAAGCAUCAUAGAGUUCAUACACAGGAGAAAUCCUAUCAGUGCUUGAAAUGUGGGAAGAGCUUCAGUCACAGACAGAGUCUCACCUCCCAUAACAGAAUUCAUACAGGGGAGAAACCCUAUCCGUGCUUGGAAUGCGGAAAGAGCUUCAGUCAAAGUUCCCAUUUAACUUCCCAUCAAAGAGUCCAUACAGGGGAGAAACCCUAUCAGUGCUUGGAAUGUGGAAAGAGCUUUCAUCAGAGAGGUGACCUCACUUUACAUCAAAGAGUCCAUACAGGGGAGAAACCCUAUCCGUGCUUGGAAUGCGGAAAGAGCUUCAGUCAAAGUUCCCAUUUAACUUCCCAUCAAAGAGUCCAUACAGGGGAGAAACGCUAUCAGUGCUUGGAAUGUGGAAAGAGCUUCCGGGAGAGGGUGCAGCUCACUUCCCAUCACAGAAUUCAUACAGGGGAGAAACCAUAUCCAUGCCUGGAAUGUGGAAAGAGCUUCCGUUACAGGCAGAGUCUUGCUUCGCAUCAAAAGGUUCAUACGGGGGAGAAACCCUAUCAGUGCUUUGAAUGUGGAAAGAGCUUCCGGGAGGGGACCAAGCUCACUUCCCAUCAAAAAAUUCAUACAGGGGAGAAAACAUAUCAGUGUUUGGAAUGUGGAAAGAGCUUCAGCCAGGGGAUCCAUCUCACUACCCAUCAAAGAAUUCAUACAGGGGAUAAACCUUUUCAAUGCCAUGAGUGUGGAAAGAGCUUUCGUCACAGUUCCACUCUCACUUUUCAUCAAAGAAUUCAUACAGGGGAGAAACCUUUUCAAUGCCAUGAGUGUGGAAAAAGCUUUGGUCACAGUUCCUAUCUCAUGACCCAUCAAAGAACUCAUACAGGUCAGAAACCAUAUCAAUGCUUGAAAUGUGGGAAGAGCUUCAGUCACAGACAGAGUCUCACUUCCCAUCAAAGAAUUCAUACAGAGGUAAAACCAAAAUAG